GUAGUGACCAGCAACGGACAUACACAAUAACGAUUUCAGGAAGUGAUGUCGCCGUAAUGCACGCCAGACGGUUUAGGAAUAUUACUGGGGGUAAAAUGCAGGUAUUUCAUGCGGUUUGAAGGAAUAAAGAGAAUUAUUUCCAAGUAUAUACUUAGCUAUAUUAGCUCCUACUAGCUAAAUGACAGCGGAGUGCAAUCAUGAAUCUUGGGGAUGGUCUCACAUUCCAACUUGAGGAUGGGAAGCCAAAGCUGAUUUUGUCCACCAAUGGUGUACAGUCAAAGAGUUCAAAGAAGACUGUGACUAGAACCAGGCCUCAAAAUGUACUUAAGUCAAAGCAAGGUUCUGAAGAGCCAAUGGCGGAUCAGCCCCAGAGAACCCGGGAAAAGCUGGAAGAUUCAAGGACAAAGGUCGUCAUGGAGACCACAGCUGUCGCACACAAGGAGCAGGCUGGUCCGAAAGCUCCGGGGAAGACUGCGUCGAAGGCCAACCCCGGUGCCAACGGCAACAGCAAGGCAUGUGUGCCGGUCAGAGCGCAAUCUGCUAAGAAGACUGGGGCAAACAAGCAGGCGCCCAGCCGGGGUCCCUCAAAUGUCACAGCGGACGCCCUGAAGGAGAGUUUGGUGUGCCUGACGCAGGACCAGCUGCAGCAGAUCCUCAGCACCAUCAGCCAGGCCACAGGCAGCAGCCCACAGGACCAGGGCACCUGCAGCCAGCCCAAAUCAGCACCAGCGGAGGACUCGAAAGAGGAGAGCCUCGUCAGUGAGGCAGUCACACUGCCUUUAAAAGCACCUCACUCUGCGCGUAGUGACAGGAGCGGGAGAACUCCGGAUGAGAGGGUGAUUGCGAAUGGGAUACCAGCCGGUCUCUUCAGCACCCUGGGAGAGAGAGAAAGGGAGAAGGAAGCUCUGGAGGCAAAGAGGGCGCAGUGGAAGAAGGAGCUAGAUGAACAGAUGGCUCACAGAUUACAGCAGAAGAAGACUGCAGCGUCAUCUCUGGAUUAUAAUCCCUGGGCUCGAGCUGCUGCUGGGGAUCCCUCCAAGCCCAGCUCAGAGGGUGCAGUGGAAAGGGGGCAAGAGGAGAGGCUGGGCAGGACGGUCUCGGGCCUGGAGGAGAGGACGCGCUCCACAGCACAGAGCUACAGCAGCCAGCAGGACCUGCCCGCUGCCAUACGCUCCGCCUUCAUCCUGGGGGAGGCCUCUCCAGUGGAGCAGACUUCCAGUGCACACAAGCAGGAGCAGCAGAGGCGCUGGCUGCAGGACCUGGAGCAGCAGAGGGAGGAGAACAAGCUCCGCCGGCAGCAGGAGAAACGGGAGCUCAGCCAGGCAGAGGACCAUGAGCGCUGGGCCAUGCAUUUCGACUCCCUCCAGAUGAGGGCGCCCUCCCAGCCGGCCCAGGGGCCAGAGCGAGGGGAGCGCGACACUCCGGCCCGCUCUGCCACCCAGCAGCUGUCCCCAUCGGGCGCCCUCUCCGUGACCUCGGAGGAAACGAGCCCUCUGGGAGGAGACAGCCUGGGCAGGCUGAGCGUGGACACCACCAGAGGGAUCGCCCCCAGGGCCAGCUACCUCCGCACCAUGACGUCUCUCCUGGACCCGGCCCAGAUCGAGGACAGGGAGAGGAAGCGGCUCAAACAGCUGGAGCACCAGCACGCUAUCGAGGUCCAGGUGGAGGAGAGGAGGCGGCAGCGGGAGAGGGAGGAGGCGCUGAGGAGGGCAGAGGAGCAGGAGGAGGAGCAGAGGCUGGCCCGAGAGAGGGAGACACUGCAGGAGCAGUACCAGCUGGACGCCCUGCGCGUGAGGCAGAAGCAGGAGCUGCACUCGCAGAAGACGGAGGAGCUGUACCUGAGCGUCCAGAGGGCCCAGCAGGAGGCGGCAAAGGACAAGCAGGAGCAGAGGAUCCGCAAGCUGGCCAGGAGAGGCCACGACGUCUCCAAGCUGCUGCACUGCAUGGAGGAGGAGCCUCCCACGCCGUCGGGGCUUGACAGCAGAGGCACGAGCAGCCUGGCGUUGGGCAGGGUGGACGUGGACGUGUUGGCGGCGGCUUCGUCAGCCAAUGAGAGUGGGGAUCUCAGCACACUCUCUUCCAGAAGAGAUGCCGCGGUGCAGACCGACGUUGGCAAACCGAGCCUGGGCAUCGCCGUGGGAACCGUGGCAGCGGCAGGGAGGAGCGAGACGCCGGACGUCCCGGCCGAGUACAGGCCCCCGGGCAGCGGGAGGAGGCACAGGCGGGAGGGGCCGGUUUUGGGGAAGGAGAACGUGAACGUGCGGGUGGUGGAGGACGGCGGCCAGGGGGCGGGAGGCGACCCGUACGAGGCCUUCGCCCGGCGGCCCAAGCAGGCCCAGAGGCCGGGGAAGAGGCCGGAGUGGAACACGCACCGGCCCGGCAAGGCCUUCGUCCCCGCCUCCGACCGCUACCCGUCCGGCCUGCGCAGGGACCGGCAGGACAGCCGGCUGCGCAGGCAGAUGGAACUCCUGACGCUGGUUGAGAGGAACGCCCCCUACAGGCCGGGCCCCAAGGAGCCACGCCCACCUCGCAAGCCCCUCCCACACAGACAGGAAGAACACAUUUCGAAAAGCCCUCCCCACUCAGGAGCUGCCCAUGUGGAAAACCGGGGGUGCUCUCCUCCAGUCCCAACGAUUAAGCACAGGCUUCAGCAGCAGCCCCAGCUGCCCGUCAGGCCUUCCUCACAAGGGCCCGCGGAAGCCGAAGAGCGCCCCCCGUCCUCGCCCUUCGUCCCGUACGUAAGGACGGACGAGGUGUACCAGCUGGACCCCUGGGCGCCGCUCUCCAGACCCCCAACGCAGGGGUCACAGCAGCCAGCUCAACCAGGUGCUGACCUCGGGCGGCCCACUCCCCCUCCCUCCGAGCGCGACCCCCUCCUGCACCCGGAGCUGCUGAAGAACAAGGAGAGGCAGCAGGCCAUCCUGCGGGGCCUGUCCGAGCUGCGGCAGGGCCUGUUGCAGAAGCAGAGGGAACUCGAGACGGGACUGAACCCGUUGCUGCUGGGACAGGAGGGCAGCCCUUCACCCCAUUACCAGCACAUGUGAACAGCAGCAGGACAGACUGUGACACGUCCACACAUCGGUGCCAAACCGCAGCGUUCGUUACAUGGCUAGAUCACGGCUGGUCUGGCAGUAACUGUGCAGACCUCAGUCAGCCCUGACCCCGUAUCCCUGAUCCAGGCACCAGCACUAUAUUCACUGAAUGAACGGCACUUUACUGCGGCUGGCCAACAUAUUUCAACUUGGGAUAGCACUGACAACAGAGAACUUUGCACAGUUGUGACUUCUGUAUGGGACAAGUGAAAAGCAGUGUUUAAGCUUGUGUGUGUGUGCGCGCAUGCUUGUGCUUCUGUGAGUGUGUGUGCAUGUGUGUGUGUAAAAAUGUGUUUCGAAUAAUCCUUCAGUGUGAAAUCUCAUCAUUGAAUGUCCACAGGAUGUAAUUUACUUGAAGUCCAAGACUUGAAACCAGCUGAACUACUGAACAUGACCAUCUGAACCACUAUAAUCUUGUUUGUGGUACAUGGAUAAUGAAGGAAAUCAUUUUUAACAGUUUAAUUUUGUUUAAAUAAAAUCAGGUUGUGAAAAUGA